AUGCAGAACGAUAUCCGCCGCGAUCCCGAUGGCCACGCGCCCGGCGAAGUUCAUCACGCUGAUGGUGCUCACUUGCGCUGCCUGCCACGCGGUGGCCUGUGUGGGGUCGUACGCGGGGUUGUUCUGGGAGAAGAGCGCCUGGGCGAUCGAGCCGACGUUGUUGAUGUCUGCACGCGACUCACCAAGACGCGGCGAACUUCAACAAACGCGCAGGCGCGUCUUGUCCUCUUACCACCUCACGCCUCCACGCGAGCCAGGUUGCUGGCGCGCCUUGGGAAGAUGUCCCGCAGAGAAGAGCAGAACUCGAACGACUCGUGGACCCCGCUUGCUCAAGUGAGGAUUGUGCCUCGGCGACCGGAUGAGUCCAAGACUGAGGGCGAGGCCCGGAUGGCCGAGGAUAUUAGUCGCCUUGAGGAUGCCCUUAUUCAUGCCAAACGAAUGUACAACUACCACUACUCCCCGAUCUAUGUUCUUCCCGACGAAACUCUGCUGGAGAUAUUCCACUUCGCCCGCGCCUACGCACAUCGAAAAGCCGACGACCGUCGGACUAUAGGCCCCAUCGUUCAAUGGAUGAAGUCGGUCACACAUCUCUCCCAUCGGCUUCGCCGUAUCUCCGUCAAUGCCUCCUCCCUAUGGGAUCAGUUGCACAUACAUGAGCCGGACCCAUGGUCGAAUUUGCUCGGCGUGCACCUCGCUCGCUCCAGAACGCGAGACCUACAUCUUCAUUUUGCCGGUGUUCCGGAAAUAAUCCAGUACCUGCGUCGGAUAUAUCCUGAACACAUGCGUCGCGUUCGCACCGUGACACUCGAGUAUGAAGAAGAAGACACAGAAGAGUUGCCGCCUUGGUACAUCGAUGAAUACUUGCAUUUUCUGCCAAAUCUCUCAUCGCUCACGAUAUCUUGCACGACGCCGGACGAGCGGGCGAUUCCCCUCGAAACUUCCACUGGACAUCCCGCACUAUCUAGUCUUGUCCUACAACGCUGCUUCCUUUCCCAUACGGCAUGUAUAUGCCAGAACCUCGUCUCACUACGCAUAGAGGACGCGAUCGUGUCUGAAGAACACUAUGUCCCGAUUAUCUCUGGGACGAAGGCAUUGAGGGAACUUGUUCUCGCUAGGGUAUGCCUUGUCGAGGACGCGGAGCCCUUCACUGUACCACUACCGGAAUGCCUUGAACGGCUCGAGGUCACCGUCUCGACAUACUAUACAAUUCGGUGCUUCCAGACCCUUGCACCCUCCCCUAACGCACGCGUGACAACGCGCUACACGGCUCCACCAGCUGAUUGGCACACCCCCGAUGCGUUACUGAACACGCCAUCACUUGAGGAGAGUUAUACCAGCAUCCUCCGGACAUGGCUUGGAUAUGGUAGAGGUCCGGCAGUGUGCUCUGUCUCUUCGCGGUACAACUCUGUGGCGCUGGACACACAGUUGCGCAUGUGGAGGGGCGUUCCGAAUCGAAUUGACCUUUCGGUGCCGGAUGUGGAAGUCGUCUUGUAUACGGAUGAAGACGACACGCUCUCCGAAUUGCUGAAGGGGCCCGAAUACGGGAUGACAACAGAUCUAUACCUCGACCUGGAGUACAACAUCGCGAGCGCCGCGUGCUGGGAGGAACUAGAAACCGUGAUCAUGCCCGCACUUCGUACUCUACACGUCGCCGAGACUACGCUGGAGGAUACUUUGCCGCACUACUCUGUGUUUGUUACCACCUUUUUUGAAGGUGCACCGCGGAUGAGGGCUUGGCCACCAGUCUUACAUGUUGAAAGCUCGCCUUGUCGUAGCGCGCAAGAGAUCGACAAAGCCGCGGGUACUCUCCGUGAAUGGUUGGCUCUGACCUAUCGACGCGGGCUCUUCCUCGAAGAAAUACGUCUGCCGAAGGAGAUAGGGACUGCAAUGGACGCUCUCGAAGCGGAGACGCGCGAGCUCGCGAAUGUCCAAUGUUGGAGAGGGGUGGCCGAGGUUGUCCAGUUGUACUGA